UGCAAACGGUUACCAUUCGCACGGAUUCGCACAUUCUGUUCGUUUUCAGCUCCACCACAGAGGCACACACCCUCCAGCAUCACCGAUGGAAAACCGGUUAAAUCGUUAUGAAAAGAUUGACUUUUUGGGAGAAGGACAGUUUGCUACCGUGUACAAGGCACGUGAUGUGGAAACGAACGAAAUAGUGGCCGUAAAGAAGAUCAAGAUUGGUAACCGGGAAGAAGCGGCCGAUGGUAUCAACCGGACCGCGCUACGGGAGAUUAAGCUGCUGCACGAGCUGCACCAUGAGAACAUCAUCGGGCUGUUGGACGUGUUCGGUCACAAGAGCAAUGUGUCGCUGGUGUUUGAUUUCAUGGACACCGAUCUAGAGAUUAUAAUCAAGGAUCAAAAGAUAGUGCUUACGCCGGCCAACAUCAAGAGCUACAUGAUACAGACGCUGCGGGGGCUCGAGUACCUGCACAUGCACUGGAUACUGCACCGGGAUCUGAAGCCAAACAAUCUGCUGAUCAGCGGCAGCGGGGUGCUGAAGGUGGGCGAUUUCGGUUUGGCCAAGUUUUUCGGAUCUCCCAACCGCAUCAACACCAACCAGGUCGUCACACGGUGGUACCGCUGUCCGGAACUACUUUUUGGUGCCCGCCACUACGGAACGGGCGUCGACAUCUGGGCCGUCGGUUGCAUCCUGGCCGAGCUGCUGCUGCGCGUGCCGUUUCUGCCGGGCGAAAGUGAUCUCGAUCAAUUGACCCGAAUAUUUCAGGUGCUUGGCACGCCGAACGAAACCAAUUGGCCCGAUGUCAAGUCGUUGCCGGACUACGUACAGUACAAGUUCUAUCCACCGAUUCCGCUGCGUGACAUAUUUACGGCGGCAUCCGAAGAUUUGCUCGAUUUGGCCAACAAAAUGCUCACCCUGUACCCACUGGGACGGUGUUCGUGCACCGAGGCGCUGAAAAUGCCGUACUUUUCGAACAAACCUGCCCCAACGGUUGGCCCACGGUUGCCCAUGCCGGCGAACUAUAAUGCGGCCAGUAAGCAGGAAGAAAAACCGUCGUUGAAACGAAAAAUUCUCGAUAGCAUCGAUGGGGGUACUGUCCCCAAACGUUUACAGUUUUAA